AUGGAUAGUAGCAUCAAAGUGAAGAAAUCAACCAUGGUGCGGCCUGCUAAGGAGACUCCGAAAGGAAGUCUUUGGCUAUCAAAGUUAGAUAUAAUCAUACGCCCUCCUAAUUCACAUACUAAUGUUAUCCACUUUUAUUCUCCCCAUAAAACAUCUUCGAAAAUCUUUGAUGUCAACAUUUUCGAGGAGGCUCUUAGCAAAUCCUUAGUGUCAUUCUAUCCAAUGGCGGGUAGGUUAAAAUUUAACAAUGAAAAUGAAAGGUAUGAGAUCGAUUGCAAUGCAAAGGGGGUCUUGUUUAUCGAGGCAGAAUCAACUAAAGCUCUUGCCGAUUUUGGGGACUACUUGAGGUUGGAUUCUCAACUAAGGAAGGUAGUGUUCCCUAAAUGUGACUACUCGAGAGGGCUCUCGUCAUUCCCUCUAUUACUAGUGCAACUUACUCGCUUCAAAUGUAGUAGUGUAUGCCUUGGCUAUGCACCACAUCACCAUGUAGCCGAUGGAUCUUCUAAUUUUCACUUCCUCAACUCAUGGGCAAGAUUAGCGAGGGGGUUAGACCUCAAUGUUUAUCCUGUUCAUGAUAGGGCUACUUACCUUGCUCCUCGUAACCCGCCUCAAGUUAUGUUUCGGCACUUGGAGUAUGAGCCAUCCUUGCCCCCCUUUACCACCAAAGGGCGGCUUAUCAGGUGAUUAUAUACUUUUUAUUUUUUUAUAUUAUUUUUAUUAUAUUGAUUGAAAUACACAUCAAAAUAUAGAGAUUAAGGUGGUAAAUUAUUUUUGUUUUAUAUGAAAGGUUUUAUGAACUUGGGUAAGACUUGUAUGUGGCUAAUUAUACGGUGUGAGUCGUGUGACCAAAUUGGUUUAUAAGAGUAACCUUUAUUUAUAUGUGUGAGGAACCUUAUUUUUUUUAUAAGAUGUUCAUAAAAGUUAUCCAAAUUCAUUAUUUGAUUUAUAUGAGUAGAAUCAAAUAACUUAGAAAUAAGUAACCUCAUUUGUUCAUUCGAAUAACUCCAUAUAUUUAAGAGAGUAACUUUUUUUUCUCAUCUAAGUAAC